AUGAAAUUCGCUAUAUUGGCCUUUCUCGCCUUUUGGUCUGCCAAACUCGCUGCCGCUGAAAACGCAUUCAAUGGUACAGUUAAUUUGAAAGAGCUCGGUUUUGUCGAUUGGAAAGCAGGCACAGACAAAACCAAGUGCCCUCUUAAACUUCCAGACGGAGUUUUCUUGCACAGGACGGUUGAUCACAAGGGUUUCCACCUAACCUGGGUUAAGCCAGUCCAUGCUUUGGUAAAAAAACUCGUCUGCGAAAAUCACGUUGUAUGGGAGGGAGCUGCUGGAGAAUUGCUUUUGGACUUCCACUUCUUCGGAAAGGUUGAUGGUAAAAUGUAUGUUCACCUUGAGCACCUCACAGCACUUGGUGGUGUUGCACAUGGUUUCCUUCUAUUCGAAGGAGCUGCAGCUGGAAAGGUCUUGGGUCUCGUACCUUUUGUUCGCGCCGUGGUUGAUUUGCUGGGCAAGGACUUCUUAAGUGUAAAACUCCCAGAAGCCGAAUUUUUACAUCAUCUAGCACAUCAUGUGAAAUCAUUGCCUGCAGCACCAGCAGAAUAA